AUGGGGUUUACCAACAGAGUAGGAAUUACAUACUACGUUUCAUUAACUGCGGUUCUUUGCCUAUGGCUAUGCCGAAGUAAUGGCGCAGAGAGUGGCUUCAAAAUAUUUCGAGGCGAACAAGAUAUAUUUAUGAAUAUGCAAUGUUAUCCUGGAAGUGAAAGGUGUAAUUACCAUCAGUGUAAGAGUUACGGCGCUGAGUGUGUGGACGCGAAAUGUAAAUUCUGUCGUUGUGUGAAAGGCAGAAGUACGUUUAUAAUAAACCAAGAUGGUGGAGUAUGCAAGAGUGAUGAAGAAAUAGUACCAGAAUCAGGUACGAAUCAUUUUGAAAGUGAUACCAACUAUAGUCGUAAAUAUGCCCAUGUUAGAAUAUUGUUAUUACUCGUUACAAUGAUGUUUCAACAAAAAGACAACACAUCAUUGUGUUCAAACUGCCUGUUCCCAACUUCGUCUAUACAAGUAAUGAACGGCUAUUUGACAGUUUGUUGCAAGUUGGAUGACUGACUCAUCAGAGCUGUUACACUUGUUACAACAAGCUACAAGAUUGUUGAUUCAUUCAUAUCAGUGUUUAAUGACUAUUUGUGUCAAUCUUAUACGGAAAAUUAAUCAAAUGUUUGCGCAUAUGACUGGUCAGUAUAAUCAGCUAUGCUGAAAUUAUUGGACCCUCUGGCAAGAAAUGAGAAUAGCUGCGUCUAAAAUACUAUUUAAAACAUGAGCAGCAGUGUUUUAUCAUCGCAGAUAUAAAGAUACAAGGCGAAGCCGAGUAUCGUUAGGUCUGAUAAAUGAGAUAAACACGCACUGCCAAUGUUUUCAAUGGCUUCAAACACGACUACAAUAUAGAUGCCGUGACAUUGCCGUCGCAUUACUAUUCUUUAUAUAAAGAAUACUAAUUAGGAUGGACUUUUAUAUAAAGACUGAAUACUAAUAAAGAUGAGUUUUAUCAGGUAUAAAGUCUCUUCACAUAACAUAUUAUGGUUGACAUAAUUUGCCAAUAAGCUUAUGAAUUAUACAACCCUUGGUUAUACAGGGUGUCUAAAAAAAACGCUAUGGAAAUUCAACAGGCUGUCGUGCAUCAUAAACGUGGCUAAACGAUUCAAUUUUUACACAUGUACAGGACGAAAGAACAGUUAUUUAACUUUCAUUAAAAAACUCAUUAAUAAUUCAUGAACCAAUUAUCCAAUCUUGAGUAAGAAAUUAGUCACGUGCAUACGUCUUUAUACCAGCCACCUUAGUGAAACCAUAAGAACGUCCAUUAUUGCAUUAAACAUGGUUCAAUUAACCCCUGAACAGAGAACAUUCGUAAUCAAAACGUUUUACGAAACAAGUACCUUGCAGCAGGCUUGCGUUGCUUUUGGAUUGAUUAACUUUGCAUAAUUAAUGUAUUUUCAAUUCCCAACGGUGGAAGAAUGUGGACCGAAUAUGUGACCAUUUCUCAUCGUUACGCCUUACGGUUUAAGAAAUAUAUCAUAGAAAAGCUAAAUAACAGCUCUUUCGUCCUAUGUAAAAAUUGAAUUGUUUAGUUAAGUUUGUAAUGUACAUGCAACAGCCUGUUGAAUUUCCAUAGCGUUUUUUUAGACACCCUGUACAACCCUUCAGACACCCUGUACAACCCUUCACAGUUUUUAGUUAAAACUAAUUUUUUGCUCUUGUUGCAGUGCCAAAUGUAGCAUUUUGGCUCAAAAAUAAUGAAUACGACAAGUGUUUGAAAUUAGAAAGUAGUUCAAGCAAUUAUAUCAUUGGGACAAAUUGCACAGCAUGGCCUACUGUUGAUAUGCUUUGGAUACAGAUAAAUGCAAAUAAUAAACGACUCAUGAAUGUUAAAACACUCAAAUGCAUGAAAAGAAGUACAAAUAAUAAGAAAGUCACCAUCAAUCAAUGUGAGAAGGCCAAUACAAAUUGGCAAAGAAUACGGUGCACUGAUAAUAGAGAUGGAAUGGAGAUUCGAUGGAACGUAGGAAGCAAACGACGAUAUUUACGCUUACCAAACUCAGCAGCAGAUGGUGAUGCAAACGCCAUUUCCUCAUCAUCUAAUGGUAAUCAGCGAUGGAGAAGUAAACAAGGAACCACUUGUAUAAAAAGCACAGCCUACAAAGGUAUACCAUGUUAUAAUUAAUUUUAAAUCAGAUUUUAACUUCUGCUAACACACGACAUGUUUUAAAUCACAUCGCGAGUACGAUGGCUAAAAUACAACGAUGCAUAUAUAUGCUAUCAGAAAUGGAACCUCUUUUGCCGAGAGCUCUAGCUAUAGCUACAUGCAGAGCUAUAUAACCAUGCGCUGGUGAUGAGCCAGUUGUUUUGGAAAAUAAUUAAAUUCUCAUCUGUUAUUGAACUAUUUUCUAUAUAUCUAUAUAUAGGGUGUUACCGUUUCUCUGAUGGCUCUUUCAUGAAAUACCUUAAUUACAACGAAACAAAGUCCAAACUACGUAUUUCUGCUCCAAUUUUCAAAGAAAAUGAUGGGAGUUGCUACGUAUCGAACAAAUUUAAAUUAAUUCAAAAUGGUCAGGAAUGGAAAGACGGCAGAAAUAGUCUUUUCGACAUCAAAGACGAUACAAAAGAGUUAAAGGUAAAUAGAAACGGGUCCCCAAGCUAUUUAAUAAGUCAACUGAUCAAUAUACCAUGCCAUACAAAUGUCUAAAUGCAGGCAUUAUGGCAAAACUGAUAUAUAUUGUUCAAGUGCAUGAAAUCCUACGCAGAAGUUUGGUUUAACUAUAAAAGAAAUUUUCUCAUCACCAUCCUAUACUUUGAGAGCAGUUUAUGUGAAUAUUCAAUCAUUAUGCUCGACGUGCUUACAGUGGUCCCCCGAGGCCCCCAUCGAAUUUUUAAGUGGGACCCUAUUUUUUCCCAUAAAAAGGGGAGGGGGAAGAAAAAAAAUUUUCCGGACCAUAUAACAUGUAAAAAAAAGUCACAAAAAUUUUCCCCAUGCAUAUGUCUACUAAAAAAGGGGUCCAAAUUUCACAAUUUCACCAAUUCCUGCUUUUGGGGGCCACCCGUUACGAAUUUUUUGCCCUAUAUAACUGUGGCUCGGGCCAAUUUGCCCAAUGUACUAGCAAAAAUGGUAUGCUCAUUUUGCCUGGUGUCCAAAGACGCCCCCAGGCGUGCCCCCCGUCUCUAGGACACCCGGACACCCGCCAGUUACGACUGCGUGCUUAUAUAUAUGUUGUUGCUGCACCCAGCAUCGCGUCUAAGUCUAUAGAAGUUCCUCAACGACUGAAUCAGUCAUGAUCGAAUGUCAAGUCGACACAGUCCAUUCCAGUUAAUCAAACAAUUUAUACAGUAAGGCCUGUUUCAUACGUCGAAUUUUGGUCGCGUCGAAUGCAUUUCAAACAAUAGAUAAUUAACAAUUAUUCGCCGAAGGCGAAGUGAUUACCGGUGAAUAUUCACCGAGACGAAGUCGAGGUGAAUAUUCACCGUAAUCACUGAGCCUGAGGCGAAUAAUUGUUUUAGUAUAAAUUUUUAAUGAAUAAAACAAAAUAUCCAAGUUAUCCAACUAUAAGUUUAAAAAUUCAGAAAUAAAACUGUUUUCGACCGGUUUACGGUUUAGUGUUGCAGUGUUUCUUGUACACGCACGCUUUCAAAAUGGCUUCCUGUGCGACCUUAUUGCUUUAUUACAAAGUUAUUUUUCUCGAUUUCUGCUUAGAAUAUAAACACAAUGAUGGAAUGACUUUUUUACCAGACUUAGAAUUAAAAAAUAGUUUCGGUUUAGCAUUAAUUUGUUCAGGAAAUGGCUGAGAAAUUUGGUAAAAUGAAAUGUAAAACUAUAUCGUUCGAAUUAAUAUAAAAGUUUUAAUACACUUUUCACUUUACAAGUUUUAAAAACACAAAUAGUACAAUACAGCGAAAGGACACCAUAGAGCACAAUGAAAACACGACAUAGUCAAAAGAAAUAGUAUCGUACAAAUUGAGAUAUUUAUAGGAUACAAAACAAAAUUGUUUUAAAAAGAAUAUCACGGCUUUUCCCAAAAGUCGGGAUAUUUUUUGCUGUUUCAGAUUUACGUUUGAAGCGAAUGUUUCGGAGUUUUAAAUAAGUUUUAAAUUGUCCGUGAAUAUGUUUGACACAGUAAUAUAAUACUAAAUCCUACCUUUCAAGUUAAAUACAACAUUUUGUGCUUUUUUUCUUUUUCUGGGACGAUUUUUUCAAUAUUUUGUCGAUUUUGAAACCAAAUUUGCCGAAUCAUUCUUUUUGAAAAGCAUUAUUUACUACCCAGGUGGUAAAUAAUGCCUCAGAUUUACUAGUCAACUAGCCAAUCAGAACGCGCGAAAGCUCAUUUGAUAUGCAAAAUUUAUACUAAUGAAGGUUAAUGAGGUUUAUCAUCUCAUUAUUCGACGUAUAAAACAGGCCUAAACGGCCUAAACGCAUGCAUGGCAUAUUUUGUCAAUGCACUUGAUAUAUACAGUACAUGCAUGAGAAGUAACCUUAGUAAAAUCUUUUUGACCUUCCGCUCAAAAUCACUUUCUUUUAGCUUUAUUUUGUGGUUUACGCUGUUAGCAACCUUUUAAAAUGGUUAAUUGAGAAACACAAAAUAAUAGUUAAAUAUUGUCAAUUUAAAUACAAUCAUUCAGUUGAGUUAUCAUUGAUGCUUAAGAUUGACGCCAUAUUUAUAGGGCAAUAUACAGCUAAUACAAAAAAGGUUGUCCUUUGCAAAUCUGGAAUUCUGAACCUAAAACUCUAAGCGUGCAACGCAUAUAAUGGAAACAUCAUUUAAUCAGUUUAGAAAUCAUCUAUGCAUGCAUAUGGGGCGCUUUGAAAAUUCAUUAAUUUGUUAGCGAUUCCCAGCAACCCUUCGCGCUCGUAUUCGACUUUUGCGCUUUGCUCGUGGACAACCUUUGAAAUAGCUGUAUACAAUAACAAUUCAUUCACAAAUAGCUGCAAUAUUCAACUAAUUAAUGCUCCCAUUAAGCUUUGCGCGCUUAGAGUUUAAGGUGUUUUUUGUUUUGUUUGUUUUUUUAAUAACUUGACAAUCAAUAAGAUCGAAGGUCAGGACAACGGAACAGAAGUUCCCAAUUAAGUCCCACCAUGACAACACAAAUACAGACGUACAUAAAAACUAUUUACAACAGUAAAAAUUAAUCUCAAUUGAAAAAUGCUCGAAUGGUUAAUCUAUUGAGAAUAUUUAAAAAAAAAACUCAGUUUAAGGUUUAGAAUUUACAGCCUGUUUUAUACAUCGAAUUUUGUUCGCGUCGAAUGCAAUAGCUGCAUCUGAGGACUAAAGCGGACUUAUAUUCAUUUAUGCAAUGUUCUUUUGUCAAAAUUCAAGAUCUGAUUGGUCAUGUCAGUCGGAAUAUUUGCUAUUUGAGCUAAUGCAUGCGACCUAAACCGACCCGUAUGAGGUGCCAAAAUUGACAAUAUUUUAUAAAUAAAAUGUAUACGUCUACAAAAAUACUUAUGGUUACGUACACAAAUUUAUAUCGGAACAUCAUUAUUUAAGGCUACUAAAAAAUAUUUACGGCUACGAAAAAUAUUUACGGCUACGAAAAAAAUAUUUACGGCUACUGCGCCGGUUUUGUAAGGUCAGCGGAGUGCAUAUGAAUGAUAGGCGCACGCGCCAAAACGCUAUCUGGGAAUAGUUAAAAUGGCGGAAAACACAGACAUCGAUUUAUACAAGUUUUUUCUUGAGGAGAUUCCCUCACUUUACAACCAGGCUCAGCGGACUCUUCAUUGUAAUGAUAUCAAUGUCUUGGAAUUCUUUGAAAGACGACUGGAUGAUCACAUCCAUGUUAUCAAAGCUGUCAUCGAUCAAUGCCAACAAAUGACUGAAAUGAGAGUCAACGAGGAGUUGAUUUAUGCACCGCGAUUACCAUUUGGAACUGGGAUUUGUGUGCCCUGUCGAACAAAUUGA